UCCCUCUGUGUCUCACCAGCCUCAGAUGGAUCAGUAUUUUAUCCAUAUUAAAAAAAUCCUCACAGAGGGGAAGAUUUCAUCACGUAUACAGCUCAUGUUGCAGGAUGUCAUAGACCUGAGAUUGCACAACUGGGUGUCCACAGGACCCGACCAGGGUCAAAAAUCCAUUGAUCCGAGCCACAGGGUGGCAAAGAUUGAAGAGCUAGAGGAGCGGAGAAAAGUGCAGCAGCAACUCCUCACCAAAGAGACCAAGAGACAGCCAGAUCCAAGUGAGCAGAAGGAUCAGCGAGUACGGAGAGAGGAGCCGGGCAACACUGUGCCCAUGAAAAAGAACAGCCCCAACAAUAUCCCAACGUUCUCUGAGAUUGUAAACCGUUGGGCGCUGCGACCACAACCCAGGGAGAUCAUCGUGAGCCUGCCUGAGGAUGAAGUAGUUAAGCUGAAGAAGUCAGAGGAUGCCCGGAAACCAGGCAGGAAUAGGGAAAACCUCCCAACGGAACCAAAGUCCAAAGGAACACAGGUUCUGUUCAAGAAGGUCCGCAUUAUCCUGGACAAGCGGACGCCUGAGAAGUUCAACAUGCUGGUGAAGAAGGUGACGGACGUGACCAUCGACACAGAGGAGCAGCUCAAAGGAGUCGUGGACCUGGUAUUUGAGAAAGCCAUCGACGAGCCCAGCUUAUCGGUGGCCUACGGGAACAUGUGUAGCUGCCUCGCCGAGCUCAAAGUGCCCAUCCCUGAUGAACCCAAUAGCACAGUGAGCUUUAUCAAGCUGCUGCUAAGCCGUUGUCAGAAGGAGUUUGAAAAAGACAAGGACGAUGAUGUGGUGUUUAGGACGAAGCAGAAGGAGCUAGACUCUGCUGCACGGAGGGAUCGUCACAGACUUCGGCUAGAGCUACAGGAGGCCAAGGAUAUUAUCCGGCGACGUUCCAUUGGCUACGUCAAGUUCAUCGGCGAACUCUUUAAGCUCAAGAAGCUAAAGGCGUCCGUCAUGCAUGACUGCAUGGUCAAGCUGCUGAAGAACCAAGACAACGUGUCUUUGGAGUGUCUGUGCAGCCUGCUCACCACCAUCGGAAAACACUUUGACAUAGAGGAGGCCAAGCCUCGGAUGAAUCAGUAUUUUUACCAGAUCAAAAAAAUCGUCAGAGAGGGGAAGACGGCCACUCGUAUACAGCUCAUGUUGAAGGAAAUUAUAGACCUGAGAUUGCACAACUGGGUGUCCACAGGACCCGACCAGGGUCAAAAAAACAUUGAUCCGUGCCACAAGGUGGCAAAGAUUGAAGAGCGGGAGGAGCCGAGAAAAGUGUAGCAGCAACUCCUCGCCAAAGAAACCAAGAGACAGCCAGAUCCAAGUGAGCAGAAGGAUCACUGCAUAGUGGCUGGCACCACUAGGCAACGGACCUAGUGGUGCCCUAAAGAGCGAGAGUGCGAAAAUGACCUGUUUUGAGGUCCCCCGGGUGCACUAAAACUUCUCUCAAAUCCCCAAACGGUGGUCCUCAGACAUGAUUUUUAGAUAUUUGAGGUUGUGAGAUUGUUUCCUUCGAAGACAUGUCACUCUCAAAUCUCUCGGACCUGUGCUUAUAUCCGCAUCGAAAAAUCGAGGAAUUAUUUCCGGAUCCGUCUCCCAUUGGAGCCCCAUGUUAAUUCUGAAUAUUUUUCUGAAAAGAUUAAAACUGAAAAAUAAAACGUAAAUCGCUCCCACGGCUCCAUUUCUCAGCUCUCACGAAUAAAAAAUAUAUCUGGUUGUAGUGUAAACUGUUGUGAUUCUCAAAAUGUUUUCAUUUUCCAGAUAGGACUUAUAGUUUUUGAGUAACAAGUAUUUGUUUGAUGACGGUGCUAG